UUCUGUAUCCUGGGAAAAAUAUGGCUAGCUCCCCAGAAUCUCUGGAUCCAUCAGACUCACAGUAUCAAAUAAAACCUCCACCAUAAACACAUGGCUCACUCUACCAUUCUGUCUCCAUGGUCAUUAGCAUCAGGUGAGGAUCAGUUUAGGAACAUUCUCCUCCAUUCACAUUUCAUAAAGAGAAUGAAUCCCUCCUUCUUCAGUCUGUUAGAUCCCUCCUUCUGUUUAGCAAAGCCUGGUCCAUAUGGAGCCAUAGUCAGCCUGGCUGUACCUUUUGUGCAAGACUCGUUUAUGGCAGGAGCUUAGCUAGACGGAGCACCGCCUGAGAUCCAACAGGGAUUACUGUAUGAAGUGGAUGAAUCAUGGAGGGAGCCAGCAUCUCUGUGUUUGUCACCAUGCAGAAAAUCUACUACCCGUUGCUUUGCAUCGUGGGUAUUCCAGCAAACCUCUUUACGUUCUAUAUGAUCUGUUUUCGUAAAUGUGGGAUGUCCAACACGGCCAUCGUUUACCUGAGCUGUCUGGCCAUUGUGGACACCUUCUACGUAGUGUGGGUUAUACUUCUGGACCUGACUCUGACCUUUUGGACUGUGCAGCCCUUCUGGCACUCCAACCCAUGGUGUGGUAUUCUUGGAUUCCUACAGUAUGGCUCCCUCUACAGCUCCUCUUGGAUUGUGGUGGUGUUCACCAUUGAACGCUACCUUGUCCUCAGAAGCACGGCUUCCAAACAGAAUUUUUCUCAAACAUGGGACACUAAAAUGUUCUGCACAGCUAUAGUGCUGCUGUCCCACCUGGUGUCAGUGCCAAUGGGUUGGAUCAACAUUGUCACACCUGUAAACCUAACCGUGCAUGGAGAGAACAUGACACUCCCUCGCUGUCGAUAUCGCAAUCACACCUAUUCUACAGUUAUAGUCUGGAUAGCUACCUUCCUCUCUGGAGGAAUCCCCAUUGUGCUGGUCAUCAUCUUCAACUACCUCAUUGGGUACCAUCUGUGCCGGGCCAGCAACCUCUUCACUAAGGAGGAACGGCGCAUCAUGUAUGGAAGGAACACCAGAGGUACACUGACAAGAACCAUUUUCAUCCUGGGGACUGUCUCUGUGGCCUUUGUCGUGCUUAGUCUUCCUCGCUUUGUCACAUAUUGCAUCCUGAGGACCAGGUACAAUGAUGAAAGCUUCAACAGGAACGACUACAGCAUUCCAAUCAACGUAGCCGGGGACGUAGCUAACAUGCUCCAGAACCUCAACUCUACCACCAACUUCCUGCUCUACUGCAUGGUCAGCCACCGCUUCAGACAGGAGCUGGUACAGGCUAUGACCUGCAAGGCAAAGGCCCGCGAGCUGAGUACUCUCCUGAACCACACUACAAUGAAAGUUUUCUCUGUUGUAAAUCAUAAGGCGUCACUAUCCAGCAGCCCUGUGACUGUGGUGUUAACCAGUCUGAAACAGACAGAAUAGAAUAGAACUUAAUUCCAUUGAAUUUUGGCCUUCAUAGACUCGAUAUCUAUGAUGCUACCAUUAGUAUGCUAACAUGGUUUUUAUCCAGUCCUCCAAUCUUGUCCUAUAACGCAAUAACUUAAAUUACAAGACGCUUGGACAUCUAGUAGACCCAAGACAAGAUGAAUGGUUGUAUCACAAUGGGAUUAUGAUAGCCAGACAGUUGCUAGAGAGACCGACUGACUGUGAAACAGUGAGUAAAGGCCACCAGACACUGAGCAUGCUUCGUUAACACCUGACAAAGUUUGAUGGGGUUACACUUUGGGUUGCCCUGAGGAUGCCUGUACCAGGUAAUGCCAAAAAUGUAAUGACUUACAGCGCAAUGCAGAUUUGCUUAAUAUUUCUGGAUGAGCUCAAACAUUGGCUCCAACAUCGAGCCACCAUGUUGCUUGUGCAUCCAACAUGCUAGGCUAUUGAACACCGCGUCCUGACAUCAUGUAGACCCACAUUCCUAAUAUCUUCCAACUUUGUCAAGUGCUAGUAUUGAAGUCUCAAACAAGCAUGUGGCACCGUCUGAAAAUCACACUGAGUCCAGCAGUGUGAUUUUUACUGACUGUUGGAGUCUUUGGCUGCCUCUUUCUGCCCUCCGAUUCUUGUUCUAGACAUGUAACCUCCAACUUCUGAAAAAUGUUGAAAGUUGCAUUAACCUCCAAACGGGUGUACUUUUCUAAUCCUGGCUUUCUAUACUCCAUCCUUGGUCUACAUAUGUACCAAAUUAUGUCCAAAUCAAAUCAUUUGUCUUGUAGAUGCCUUCACUGUUCGAUCAGGUGGUAAUUUCUUUAAUCAGUCUGAAGUGUAUGACAACAUAUAUGUUUAACUUCACUGUUUUUAUGUGUAGUUAUAGUUUGAAAAUAUUAGCAUAAUAUGCUAAAGCAGGGCUUUUCAAAGUGUAGGGCACGCCUCGCUGCAUGAAGGGAAAGUAAGAGGAGAGGGAGAGUUCUUUAGGGACUUGAGGAAAAUAAAUAAACCAGAAAAAGUAACUGCAAGCAUUUAGCCAACUUCGCCAAGCCUACACCAGAAGAAAAAUGAAACAAUUUUUAGUACCUGAAGUAUCAUAACUAAGGAGACACAGUCUGGGCCAAGCAAAAAUGAAGGAGGAAGUAUGACGAUAAUUAUGUGAAGUUGGGAUUUUGAUGUCUGGGAUCUGAAGAUGCUCCACUGCUGCAGUGAGUUUGUUUUUUGUUACAGGAAGCUAAAUGAACUACAGUCACAUCAGAGUAGUUCCUACUUUUAGUGCUUUUAACAUUGUGUGGUGCCCAACAACAUCAAAUGGAACCUGGAGCAUCUAGAAUACAAACAGCAGAAAGUUUAUUGUUUGGGGGGGGGAGCUGUUAGCUUCGCUCUCUGAGAGGGCGCUAGCUCUCCCACACUUUGAAACCCUGUGAGCUGAAAUAUUUCUGAUAGUAACAUCUGGCAUGGCUAAAACUGUUAACCUGUGUGUUGUUAAGAGUUUAUUCAGGCUCUUCCGUAGAUCAUUGAACAUAAUAAAAGGAACUGGAGAUUGUCUUGUUGCUGAAUAAAACGUGGUUUCAGUCACUUCAUUUUGUCCAAGUUGAAAUUUCCAUUCAUCUUAAAACGGGCCAGUUACCAGUAUGAAGGCAUACAAAAGUUUUAACAUGUUACAAUUUUAAAGUUUAAACAUUUCUGUCAUAUAUU